AUGUGGCUACUUGAGACUGAUGGCAACGUGUUCGAAGGGCGACGGCUUUGGCUCCGGCCAGGCAAACGAUAUCUCUUCGGCCGAACGGACUCGGAACCCGGACAACUGGCCAUCUCCCACAAGACCAUUUCGCGCAAACAUCUGACCAUCGAGGUCGACAAUGUGUCCGACGGCGACAGCCAACAUCUCUCGCGCCGAUCGACCGUCACCAUCGAAGACUUGGGCACCAAGACCGGGACGACCGUGGACGGGCACAAAUAUAAGGGCGAGAAGCAUGUCGUGGCUGCAGCCUCGGCAGAGAUUAAGAUGGGUGGCUGCCCUGAUAUGUUUCGCUUGACCUGGCAACCUGUGGCGCUCACAUUCAGCUUCUCAAGCCGAGAAAUGCAGUCCGACCCUUUUUCGCGACUGCGUGUCGACCUUGAGCAGCUUGAUGUGAAGUUGUUGGCGGAUUACAAUAUUCAGCAUACGUCACACGUUGUCACAAAGAAGCGCAACACUUCCAAGGGUUUGCAGGCGCUGAUCAACGGAAGGUACAUUGUUGCAGACUCCUUCGUGGAUGCCAUUAUCGCGGCCGCGACACCCCCAGAAGAUGACGAUAUCACUGCCUCCUCUGCAUUGGAAACAGAUUUUGAUGGCAACUGGCCAGAUCCGCUAAAGCAUCUGCCUCCUCGCGGUGGCGAGCCUGUCGAGAGGCCUCCAUCCGCGUAUGCGCCGGACGAGGCCCGCUUGGAAGUCUUUGAGGGGUACACCUUCAUCUUCUACGAUAAGGGACAGUUUGAUAAUCUUUUGGCGCCAAUCACCAACGGCAAGGGCAAGGCUCUAUACACAAAGGUCGAUCCAAAGUCAACUACAGUAGACGAUUUCGUUCUCUACGUUAAAACAGAAGCUGGUGAGAAAGGCCUCGGUUCCUUUGACGACGGUAGCGAAGGGCGAGGUGUUGUAGUUGUCCGCUUCGUGCCGAACAAGGGUGACAUUGUCGAUUGGUAUGCCGACUUUUUCACUCAAGUCUCUCUCCGACUUGAUCACAGACCCAUCGAACAAAACGAGUUUCUCGAGGCCAUUCUCAUUAAAGAUGCCAGCAUAUUGCGCCGGCCUUUGGAGAUGGACCCGACUCAGGGUUCGGCAAGCACAGCACCGCAACAGGAAGUGGCGAGAGUUGACUCCAGCUCGAUGGAUAUAGAUCAGCCAACGACCUCACAAAACACGCCUCAAGAGUCUGCGCCCCCGCCUAAGCCUGCUGCUGCCAGAAAAUGGUUGCGGAGGGCACCGACAAGGCGCUUUGCUGGAUUCGACGCGGAUGAUGACGAUGACGACGCCUUCACCCCUCCAGUAAUUGAGAGCAAAUCAGUCGACGCUGAAGCUGAGGACGAAGCAUUAUUCGUAUCUCAAGAUGCGCAUGCGUCAAACGAUGUAGCCGAACCAUCGCCAGAUACGAACAGACGAUCUCAAAGGAAACGCCCCGCAGCACAGGACGAUGACAUUGAGGAUAUUAUCCCGACAGCUGCCGCAGUCAAACGACGAAGGAUCGCCGCCGGAGAAGAGCCUGUUCCGCGCAACGAGCCACCCGAGCCCGCGAAACCCGAGCCAAAGCCCGCGCCAAAGGUCAAGAAGGUGAAGAAGGAGAUUGAUGUUCUAGACGUCGCCCGCCAGCAGAGGGAAGCGAUGGAGGCCCGACUCAAGGCAGAGAAGGAAGAUUUAGCCAACCUGCCCGACGAUGUUGACCUGGAGCAGAUCCGUCGGUUGCACAUCGUCGAGGAGAUGCCUCUACGUCAACCACCAGCCAACAGGAGUCACGAUGAAGACGAUGAAAAUGGCAGGUGGGAUCCACGGUGGAAUGGAAGGAAGAAUUUCAAGCGCUUUAAGCCGCGAGGUGAACUCACGGGACGGCCACCUCAAAAGGUCAUUGUGUCCCUGACGCAAGUUAAGCCCAAGGAAUUUGGCAUUGGAGACGAUUACUGGCUAGAGGACGACAGCCAGCGCAAGAAGAAGGGCAACGAGAGCCAAAAGAGCGGUACAGCCCAGGACGAGCCUGCUCUCCCGCCACCGCCGCGGCCUGCAUCUCGGCCGGCAUCGCGACAACAGCGUGUCGUCCUAAGCCAUGACAGUGAAGAUGACGACAUACCCGAUACCCAGGCUGAGCCCGCACCAGUGCCAGAGCCUGAACCUGAACCUGAGCCGACGCCGGCGUCACGAUCAAGGAGCACGCGCGCGACGACGGCGACACAGUCGCAGAACACCACACAGAGCCAAUCGACGAGACAGACUCGCGGGAAGAGAGCUGCGCCAGAACCAGCCAAGGAGCCGCCGGCGAAGAAGCCGAGGGCCGCGCGGAAAGUCAUCGAGGUUGCGGAUAGUGACGACAGCGAAGAUGAGCUCAAGUUCAAGUUUGGCCGGCGGCGUUAA